AUGUUGCAGAGGAGAUUUAGAGUCACUCUUUUGCUCCUUCUAUUGGCGGUCAGGUGUGUUACUCAGGAACAAACCCAAAUAAAGGACUGUAUUUGUGGACACCCUGGAAUACCAGGGGACCCUGGACACAAUGGUACACCUGGCAGAGAUGGCCGAGAUGGACUCAGAGGUGACAAAGGUGAUCAAGGUCAAGCUGGGCCUGUGGGAUCAGCAGGCAAUGAUGGACACAAGGGCGACAAAGGGGAACAUGGUGCAGUUGGCUCAGCAGGGCUCAAAGGAAAAAGGGGAGAAAAUGGAGAACGGGGGCCUCCUGGGAAAAUGGGGCCCCAAGGAGUCCAAGGGUCCAUCGGCCUGAAAGGAAAUAAGGGAGAGCUCGGGCUUCCUGGACCUCAAGGACUUAAAGGCGAUUAUGGGCCUCUUGGCCCAGACGGUCCCAAGGGGGAAAUUGGCCUUCGAGGUGACAGAGGCAUUCAGGGCCCAAUGGGACCCCCCGGCAGGCCAGGGUCUAAGGGGGACAUUGGUGUUCCAGGUCACAAAGGCAAUAUUGGUUAUCGUGGUGACAGAGGGACUCGAGGAGAGAAAGGUGAUAACGGUGAGAAGGGAGAUGCACUUGUUAUCUCUAAAAGCGCAUUCUCUGUUGGACUCACAGCUCAAAGUAAACUCCCAGCAGUUAAUGCACCGAUCCGGUUUGACAAGAUUAUUUACAAUGAACAGAAUCACUACGAUCUACAAACAGGAAGAUUCACAUGCUCUGCUGAGGGAGCCUAUUUCUUCACCUACCACAUCACUGUUUACUCCAGGAACGUGAAGGUGGCUCUCGUGAAGAAUGGUGCGAAGAUCAUCCACACCACGGACACCUACCAGAGCAGCGAGGAUCAGGCAGCAGGGGGCGCUGUGCUGCACCUGGACGUGGGGGACAAGGUGUGGCUGCAGGUGGCUGGAGGAGAGCUGUACAAUGGACUCUUUGCUGAUGAAGAUGAUGACACCACCUUCUCUGGGUUCCUGAUCUUUGGGACUUAAAUUAGGCAUAAUUUCUUUAUAAUUGCUGGUAAUUGUUUUUUAAGAAUAGAAAUCAUCCUGUCUCUAUAGUAACCCUCUAUUCUGCAAUUUCACAGAGUACAUUUACUCAACUACUGUACUUAAGUACAAAAUAUUUUACUUUACUUGAGUUUUGCCAUUUUAUGCUACUUUAAUACUUCUACUCUACUAUUUCAAAG